AACGGGAAACAAAUUGUAAUACAUGGGAAGUUCUUCUCAAAGUACUUAAAAGUGAAGUGAUAAAAUCUCAAGAUGGAAUUGGAAUUAACAAGAGUGGAUUAUCUGGAUGUUGGAGUAAUUGUACCUAAUUGCAUGAAACUCCUUCCUGGAGAAAUGGCGAAGCACCAACAGAAAAUGAUUAUAGGGGAUCAGGAUGGAGUAAUUCAGUUGAUUUCAUCAAAGAAAGACGAGAUUCAAGUGCAUUUCAAGACCCUUCCGGGACCCAAAGUAGCUUCUGUUCGAUUAGGUGGAGCUCCCGGAACACCUGCUGAUAAGAUGUUCGUAGCGAUGGAGAAUAAAGUUCAUGGUUUCAGCAAGAAGGGCAAAAUGUUUCUGUCUUUCGACACAAAUCUCACUGAGAGUAUCAAGUCAAUGUUUGUGAGUGGAGCUGAUCUUCUGGUCUGUGGGAAUCAUGUCUACAAUCACUACCGUGACUGCAAGGACGUGGGAUCGUAUCUCUGUGGAGAUACUAUUGUGGAUGUUGUAGCUCUCUGUCCUAACAAUACUAAUCGGAUUAUCACGGUCUUGGCGUGUUCUGGAAGAGUUCUGAGAAUCCUAGAACACUGUCGAGUGAGACAGACUAUCGAACUCAACAGCGUUCCGACUAUAAUGCAUGUCCCUAAAGGACUGGGAGACAAAUUGAUUUGUGGAUUUUCCGAUGGAAAGGUCAUCCUCUACAAAAUUGGUCACUUCUCAAUGGAAGUGUCUGAGGAAAUCCUUGUGGAUGAUACUGAACAUAACAGUGCAAUUUCUUGUCUCAACACUUACGAUUUAACUGGAGAUGGCAAGGAAGAAUUGAUUCUUGGCAGAAGAGAUGGAGUCCUUCAGAUUUACUCCAUGAAAUCAGAGGACAAUGAAAUUGACUUGGAGUCCAGUCAGCUUUUUAUUGAGAAUUACAACGAAAGCAUCUCCAGUGUUCAGGGAGGAUACUUUGCAGCCAAUGGAUAUACAGAAGUAGUAGUCUGUACAUACACAGGUAGGAUAUUUGGACUGACAACUCAAUGUGUCGCCAGGAGUAUCAGUGAUAAUCAAAAUUCUGGGACUAUGAACUUCCCUAAUGACACAAAUCUGAGAAUUGCGAAACUCAGGUCAGAGAUUGCCGAGCUGGAGUCUCGAGUGGCCAGGGAACGAGAAAAGUACCAACAAUCCACUCAAGCCAUGUCUUCAGGUCUCUCAGCCAUUCCAAUGCUCAAUGUGAAUGAUUCUAUGAUACUCUGCCGCGAAGAUGCUUCAUACGAUCUCUCAAUAGAAAUUCCAGCUUCCAUUGAAUACAUUCUGCUGCAGAGCGAUGUGCCCCUGGAAUUGCUGGACGUUGAAAAGAACACCGCAGUUGUCAGCUUCAGUGAAUGCAACCCAUUGAGUGGGAAUUGUCUGUUGGCGACUUACCGAUGUCAGCUCAAUACAAAUCGAGUGGAUUUGAAGAUCCGUACCAUUGAGGGUCAGCACGGGACUCUUCAGGCAUUCAUAACUCCUGUGCUCCAGCCAAAAUGCAGCCAAUUGCGGGAGUACUUCAUCAAGCCCCUUUCCCUUCACAUCCGGAGCCACAGAUUCGAUGAGACUCGCCCUUAUAGUAGCCUCACGCUCCGUGGAGCCUUCAGCUUAUCCGAGAUGCACAGCUGGAUAAGCCAGUGUGUCCCAGAGAUCCCAGAGAAACUUUCCUCUGGCGACUCAUGUGAGCUAAUCUUUGAGAAUGUCCUAAUAGGAUCUCUGCUGAAGUGUGAGUACAGGAAGGGCGAGGCGGAAUUCAAGAGUGACAACAUCUCCACAAUCUCCAUCAUCAAGGAUGUUCUGACGCGAGAAAUCACGAAGAAGAGGAUCAAACUGGAGAUUUCCACGGAUAUGAAUCCUAACUGCAUUGGGCAUAUCCUGAAGAUGGUUGAGCCUGUGUUGGUGCGACAUAUGAAGAUGUCGCGGGAUCACAAGCUCCUGCAGGCUCUGCUUGAUCUGGACAUCCGCGGAGAGGAAGAUUUGGAGGUGCUGUGUAAGGAAUGGCGCGAGAUCUACAGGAACCAGAAGGAGAUCUCGCAGAGUGUGGGAAAGGAUAGGGUUCUUGUGGAUCGGUAUCACGGAUUCCUCACAGAUCUCUUCAUUGACUGGAAUAAAUUCCGGGGAACCAAUGUCAAGAGCAAGAUUCAGCAGUUUGUCCAUCUUCUCGAAAAUUACAAUCACGAUGCAAUUGUGUCUUGUUUCGGAAUCAAAAACGAUUGAUAGAGGAUUUAAUUGUUUAUUGUACUAAAAAUUAAUAAAUGGGUUAGAUUUUCUCGAA